AUGCUGUUGAAGUCUGAUUCGUUCUAUUUCUUAGUGCUGGCCUGCGCUAUUAUCGCGCCAGCCGCGUCUGCACCUAACUACCAUCAUUAUUGUCCGCAAUGUGAGGAGGAAGUAUGGGAGGAAGUGCCAUGUGAAGAGGUCGCUACUACCAGCAGACCUACUACAACCACUACUGCAAGGCCAAAACCGCCCACUUAUGCACCCACCACACAGAGACCCCAUACAACGGCACGUUCACCAGUUAAGAAGACGACAACAACAAAACCGCGUACAGCACAUCACACCACCCCUACACCGCCGGUCACAACGACAGCCGCUACAACUUACAACAAUUGCUAUUGUGAAUGUAAAGGAGGUUGUAAGGAGUUCUGUCGCAAAGUGACGGUAAAUGGCGCAGCACAAGCAGCACAAAAACAAAUAACACAAGUUACAAAGACAACACAUCGCGUACCGAAUGGUCAGCUCAAUUCGGAGCACGUGCAUCUGCUUAGAUUUGUCCCAGACUCACAAACGUCAUACACACCGGUUCAACCGUCAACGCAGCACAGCAUACCCUCGGCUAUUUAUCCUAUAAAUCCUAAUAAUGAGUUGGUAAAUCCAUACCUUCAUAGAAACUUGGCGUAUAAAGUUCAACCAGCAAUGCCUCCACCAUCGGGACCGUCUCUUCAACCGCAGCCAGUAGCAAUCGCUUACCCUCAAUCAGCACCAAAUUUAUAUGAAGAUUCGCAGGUCACGAAUAUCUAUCCGGAUACUUUGUUAGAAUCGAGUUAUUCUGUUGAUGAGUUGACUCGUCUUUUGCAAAUGGAAAAUCUUAAUAAAGCAGCUGCCAACAGCUACACACAAUCCAUUAACGGACCUUCAUAUGCCGUACAUGACAGUUUACCUCAGACUCCACUUUCUACCGCACCAAUUUAUCAACCACUUUCGCUGUCCCUAGGCUUCCCACUGCCUGCGGAUGCGUCAAAAUAUGAAAAUAAUUCUUCGGAGUCUCAAUAUAAAGAACUCAGAUUAGAUGUCAGGUCACAGAGCUAUGCGUCACCAUUGCUGCCAGCUUCAGAAUCCCAGUAUGCAAACUAUGUGCAUAAAAUCGAUUUGAGUGAACCACAACUUUAUGCUGUGGCGUCUCCUUCAUUACCAGCUCAUCAAGCAGGCUAUGAUCAACACAGUUCAGCUACCUUGAGUUGUCACAACAUAUAUGAUGAUCCCAGUACAGAAUAUAUGAAUUCAAUUUCUUAUGGUUCAGAAUAUGGUUCACCAACUUCGAGUUAUGCUCCACAAACGGGACUUUAUGCACCAUCGUAUUAAAUUUAGACUAC